AGCAUCUUACCCUUGCCUCGUCUCACUUCUUCCCUGUACCUACGCGCGACAAGGGUGCCAAAUUUUGUUUAGGUUUCGAUAGUGAGAUGGAAAACAAGGCAAAGAAAGCUAUGAAGAAGAAUUUAACAAGGGCUAUUGCUAACAAGCCAUCUCAGGGUGCUGAUUUCUUGCCCUUGGAAGGUGGUCCUGCUCGCAAGCUUCCCGAGCAGAAGCCGACGGAGAAUACCGCAACGGUUUUGUAUGUGGGUCGGAUUCCACAUGGGUUCUAUGAGAAGGAGAUGGAAGGUUACUUUGGGCAAUUUGGAACCAUCAAGAGAUUGAGAAUUGCGAGAAAUAAAAAGACAGGAAACUCAAGACAUUUUGGGUUCAUACAAUUCGAAUCUCCUGAGGUAGCAAAAAUUGUGGCUGAUACUAUGCACAAUUAUCUCCUCUUUGAACACCUUCUCCAGGUUUAUGUGAUACCCCCUGAGCAUGUUCAUCCAAAAUUGUGGAGAGGAUUCAAUUACCGUUACAAGCCAGUGGACAUGGUACAAAUUCAAAGGGGGCAACAUGACAAGGAAAGAACAUUGGAAGAGCACUCGAAAUUGGUGGACAAUAUUUUGAAACGUGACAAAAAUAGACGAAAAAAGAUAGAGGCUGCUGGCAUUGAUUAUGAAUGCCCUGAGAUGGUGGGUAACCUCCAUCCUGCUCCAAAGAAAAUCAAGUUUGAAGACUAAGGAGUAGGUACUCCGUGUAGUCUUCUUAGAAGAAGAGAUAUGCACCUCAGUAUAUGUUGCGCUCAUGCCAUCUGUGUGCAUGCUACUGUCUUGGUGUGUCUGCCUGGACAUAUUAUACUAAUUAUGGAAAUAGAUGAUUUUGCUGAAUAUCCUCUUAAGAAUUAAUAGAGAAUUUAAUUGAGGUGGUUUUCUCUUCUCUUAGAAGCAUUAGAGGAAGGCUGCUACCUAUCUUGUCACGAGGGUUCACAAAAGAAACCGCUGUUUUAGGAUUUAAAGUACUAGCGAUUAAGUAUUGUCUUUACAAGGGCAAGAGCCUUCAAUUUUGAGAAUUCGUAAACCCUGUCUUUUCAAAGUUAUUUAAUACAGGCAUUAUCCAUUUCAUAUAUCCUGAACCUUUCUUUUUUUUUGUUUAAAAAAAAUUAAAUCUUCAAUAUUUUUGUUAGGAUGUGUAAAAUUGUUAGUUUGUUGAAACUGAAUCAUGAAGAUCGAUAAUUAUUUGUAUUUUGACGAUGCUGAGCUCAUUUUAGUGGACUGAGUUGACUUGCAAUGUAUGCUCUCAGUAUCUAUUUAAGUUAUAUAAGUUAUAUUGUGAUCAUGACCUUGUUGUUUUGUGACUUUUGUUUCUUUUUUUCUGGGGUAAAAACGAAACCUGUGGAAAGUGAAAUUAUUGUUUUUCAAGGGAGAUUUGAAAUGUACCUAUAACAGAAUGGACUCUAAUAAAUAAAACAUACAUGGAUCACACUAGAGGGUUGGUCCCGGUCUGGACUAAGUUUCAGUAGAGUUUCUGGUUAGCUUGAUCAAGGGACACCCUGAAAUUUCCGUAGAGAUAAUCAUAGCUAUGUAUUUUUUCAAUUAAGGAUUGGACGGUUGAUAUUACUGGGAUGUAAUCAUGGGUUUGUAAUACAAUGGAAGUUACUGAUAUUGUAUUUUUUUUGUUUAGGCCAAUUCUGGUUUUGUAUUUAAAUCAAACUGAAUUCAGUUUUCGACUAAUUUGAGUUGAGCAUGAUGGAUUCUUUUAUUAUGUGCUUGAUUGAUUGUAGGGAGAAGUAGGGAUAAAAGAAUUACGGUAUGAAAAGACCUGAGCAAAGAGAAAACGAGUAAAAUACUGAUAGAGUUUUAGGCUGUUUAGAUUGAAGGAAAAAGGUGAAAAAAAAAAAAAAGUUGAGUGCUCUUUCUACUUGUUAGGAUCAAUAGAGAAAUGUAAAGCUCGCAAAAUGAGCUAUUCAACCUAUUCAGGUCAAACCUUGCAAUAUAACUCAAGUAGUGAGAGCUACCAUGUUAUUUGAAAGAUGAUCAGGUUGGAAUCCUGGGCUUUGAAAAUUCUUACAUCCCCUUUUCCUUUCUCUAGUAACAAAAAAAAAGCUAUCCAGGGUCAACGGUUGUGUAUGGUAAGUAAUAACAGUUAGAGUAAAAAUGUUUGAAUUUGAUACAACUUUAUAAAAAUUAAAAAUUAAAGUUAAAUUUUUGUUUUUAGUUUUUGCAAGUUUAGUUUGUAUUAUGUUUAAUCAAAUUGGAUGAAAAUUUUUAAAAUUUAACUUGAGCUCAAGUUUUAAAAUUUAAGCCUUACAUAUAAGUUAAGUUUGGACUGAUUCCAUUGGACAUAUUCAUUUUGUUAGCUCUAAAAAUGAACCGAAAGAAAUAUAAUACUUUUUUAACCUUGAUAAAAUAAAAUAGAAUCAAUUGGGUCUCACGCUAAAUAUGUGAAAAGAAUAGAUAAAUUAAAAAAUAAAUUAUUUCUUUAAAUUUUGAACUUUUAAUUUAUUUGAGGAGAGAAAAGUUAUCUGUUAACUUCACCGAUAUUUCUCCCCCUUUUUCUUAGUGUUUCCCCGAAAUUAAAGGUAAAAAAACAGUAAGGGAGAAAAUAGUGACAUGCAUCUUUAUUGCUUUUAAUUUCUCUUGAAACACUGUUAAAGGGCAUAACUCUUCUAGUUUUUAUUCAUCAAAGUUAAAUUCAAAAAUUUAUUUAAAAUGAAUUAAAAUUUAUACUAAAACAAACGUGAGUGGUUAAAAAAUCUAAUUAAUUUUCUACUUAAAAAAUAAAAUAUUUAACCAUAUGAUUUUUUAGAAACUUGUGGAAGUUUUGAGGGUAAAUGAGUUUAUAAGCAUUUGGUAAAAUAAAAAAGUUCAAAAUUAAUUAUUUAUUAAAUGGUUAUGAGAAGCUAAUAUGCCUGCUGAUGCUUUGGCCAAAAACGGACAAAAGGUUCAAUAUAUGAUAGUUUUU